GACACAUCAGUUUUGGGUCAUUUCAUACCAAAAGACACUAAAGUUUUAGCCAAUAUAUGGGCCGUUCAUAACGACCCCAAAGUAUGGCAUAAACCGCAAGACUUUAAUCCGAAUCGAUUCCUCACAAAUGAUGGCAAACAAGUGAUUAAAACAGAGGCUUUGAUACCAUUCUCUACGGGUAAACGCAAUUGUGUUGGCGAGACAUUAGGACGAGUGGAGGUAUUCCUGUAUUUUGUAUCACUUCUGCAAAGAUAUACAAUAAGUGUAGCAAAUGAUGGGACAGUUGUGUCAUUAGAGGAGAGAUUCGGGUUAACACUACAGCCCAAGGAUGCGGUUGUCCUUAGUCAUAUAUGGGGUAAUAUCAGGGAGAGAAUGAUUUUACCGGCCGGACCGGUAGGCCUACCAGUGGUCGGGUAUUCACCAUUCCUGGGCAAACACCCCCACAAAGUUAUAACCAAAUUGGGUGUCAAAUAUGGAUCUGUUUUCACAUUACAAUUGGGAGUAAAUAAUGUGGUGGUCCUUAACGAUUGGGAGGCUGUGAGGGAUGCCCUCAAUAAGGAUGCCUUCUUAGGGCGACCCUUUCACAGUCCAUUCACUGCACUCAACAAAACUAUAGGUUUGGUUGACGCGAGCGGAGACGUAUGGAGAGAUCAACGGAGGUCUGCCCUACAAGUGCUCCGAGACUUAGGCUUCGGGAAGGGCUCUAUGGAGGACAGGAUUACCGAUGAGAUCAGUUAUCUCACGAAACAUAUCGAUGAGACUAAUGGUGAGCCCAUGGAUAUCCACGAAGUACUGGUGCCGAGUAUGUCCAACAAUAUCUGUCAUCUGGUGUUUGGCCACCGAAUGGACUUCAAUGAACCCAAGAGACAGCUAUUUGACAAACAGUUAGACCAGUCGUCAGCCAAUAUCUCAACUAUAGGAGUGCUGGCGAUGUCCCCCAUUUGGUUCAGUAAAUUGUUUUUUAAGCUAGGUGGUGCUAUCAAUAAAAAGGUUGUCAAUAAAGUAACCAGCAUUUUUGAGUCGGAGAUAUCGUCGCACCGGAAGUCUUUGGACACCAAUAAUAAGAGGGAUUAUAUCGACGGAUACUUAGCGGAGAUGGAAGUGAGACAACGAAAGGAUCCCAACACUCACUUCACCCUGAAUCGAUUGCAUGUAAAUUGUCGGGCAUUUUUCGGGGCCGGUAGUGGGACUGUGCGGACGACCACCGAAUGGUUGCUAUUAUUGUCCGCCAAAUACAGCGAACACCAGAAGAGGGUUCACGAAGAGAUCGAUUCUGUGGUCGGAAGAGAUCGGAGUCCCUGUUAUGCCGACAGACUUCAUAUGCCGUUCACUCAGGCAUUCAUUUGCGAGUUGUUUCGAUACAAAACUAUAAUUCCCUUAAAUUUGAUGAGACGACUUCAUAUGCCGUUCACUCAGGCAUUCAUUUGCGAGUUGUUUCGAUACAAAACUAUAAUUCCCUUAAAUUUGAUGAGACGCACAACGGAGGACACAUCAGUUUUGGGUCAUUUCAUACCAAAAGACACUACAGUUAUGGCCAAUAUAUGGGCCGUUCAUAACGAUCCCAAAGUAUGGCAUAAACCGCAAGACUUUAAUCCGAAUCGAUUCCUAUCAAGUGAUGGCAAACAAGUGCUUAAAAACGAGGCUUUAAUACCAUUCUCUACGGGUAAACGCAAUUGUGUUGGCGAGACGUUAGGACGAGUGGAGGUAUUCCUGUAUUUCGUAUCACUUCUGCAAAAAUAUACAAUAAAUGCAGCAAAUGAUGAGGUAAUGGCUUUGGAGGAAAAGUUUGGGAUAUCACUGGAACCCAAACACAAACCAAUUCUUAUGUUUAAGAAACGUGUCUAGGUUAUU